GCAGGCUCGCACUAUGUAAUGAAGGUUGUAACGAGGUCACUUGACUAUGCCCUGGAUAACAGUGUGUCAUAGAGAAUGUACAAAAAUUUCGUCGUACGAUCAUAUUACCCUUGUGUCUUGCACUCUCUGGGUACUACCAGCCUUUCUAGCCUACAACAGCCGCUCCUCUGUUCAGRCCUUAAGUACAGACGAUUCGACAUUAAUUUACGACAAACUAUCGAACAAAACCGSUGAAUUAUUGAUUAGCGGCAUGUAAACCGACUAAACUCAAGGUAAAAGAGUGUUCUUUGUGGAUAGCUCGUGUUCAAGGCCUUAAAUGGUGCAAUAUUCCAUAUUUGGAACGGUCAUCAUGGUAACGGUGCGUGCGUGUGUCUUCCUGCUGUUCAUGGCUGCUGUGGUCGGGAARUCUUUGAAGACUCGGACAACAAGGAUUUCAUCUACCAAACCAAGUUGGUACCAGCCUCUUCGCCUAGCUCGUGACGUCAUGGUUGGAGGAAAUACGUCAUAUGUGAYAUCAUCACCACAUAGAAUGCGACGUGAUGUGAGUAAAUAUCGGCUACUGAAAAACUUAGCUGAGUGCCUUCCAUCGAGAAGAACAAGUUUAAAUACAAACAGUCAAUGUGAACAUGCAGCUUACCAAUGUGCUGGCCAACGGAUACGAGAAGUCACUUGCUCGAUGUCUUCCUUUUGCACUAGUAGCUGUCAACCAGUGUACGAUGUUAUCUAUCUUCCGAACAAAAAUGAAUGUUUUGUGAAUACCAUUGCAUGCGAAUGUGCGUCCACCAAAAGAGUAAGGAAAACGAACAAGAGAUGUUGAAGAAAUGGGUGAAUGGCGACUGAGGAAAAACGCAAAAGAACUUCGUUUUUCAAUCGUUAGUAAAUCUGAUGUCAAGUCGGUGAGAGAUGGAACGAUAAUGCCUUGUAGCUCUCCGGUAUACGGUAAUAACCGCGUGUAAAAGCAAGCCAUACAUUUCUUUUGUACGAUGCUCCAGAAGAUUCAAUUUUUUUCUUGACAAAUUUCUUUCCAGUAAUCAAAAAUUUCUAAAUGUAUAAUGUAUAACAGGAUAUCAUUCAAGACUGAYGCGUGGCACGCAGUAACACAGCAAUGGCUUCCUGUUCUAAGCCGUAGUGAGAAAAGUACGCUCGUGACAGUGAAAUGACUUUUCUUCUAAACCAAUCAAAAUCAAAGAAAAGCAUCCAAUCACAAUACCUGGAACUGAUUUCAAAGCCACAGUGCAUGAGUGUGCAGUAGCAUGCAGUAGCAUUCAUUUUUUUCUUUCAGUUUCUCAGUAAAUAGCAUCAACAGAGAAAUCGAAAAUGGAGUAUUGCUAAACCAAUAAAAAAUAUUUAUAUAUCGUUGAUGAUACUUAUGUCGCCAUUCUGACAAUGGCCUUCAAAAUAUUUAACAUCUUUUUUAUAUUUUCCUCAAUAGUGAAUCUUUGCGAGAGUUACUAAACAUUUAUAAAAACUGUUCGCCUUUAAAGUAUUUAUCAUUGAUAUUUAAACUUAUCGUAAUAUCAUAUUUAUAUAGCRUUGUAGAUAGAAUAGCAUAAUUGCACGAUGGAGGCCUCGUUCACUACCCCUACCAAAAAGUUGCACGAAUUUUUUCUCUCUUAUUCAAAUUCAUGAGAAUAGUAAGACAAUUAGUGCUAAUUAACGGAACAAAAGAAAGUGUGCAAAGGAUUCUGGUAGUUGUAGUCAAUGUCUUCUUCAGAAUGACAGUGUUUUUGUCUAUCUCGUAUAGCUUUUUUGCAAUGCAAAAGAAUUGUUUGGUGGUUUCAAUUGUAAUACAAUUUGGAAGAAGCAUUAAACUG